ACAGAACGACGGAGAUUGGGCAGCUGAUCAGCUCCUACCUGGGGAAGGAGAAGAACCUGGAGGACCACACUGUUCAUCUGCUGUUCUCCGCUAACCGCUGGGAACAUGUACCACUGAUGAAGGAGAAACUCAGUCAAGGGAUCACGCUUGUGGUUGACAGAUACGCCUUUUCGGGAGUCGCCUUCACGAGUGCCAAAGAG